AUGCUACUUAUUGUUUGUAUUGUUAUCUUUUCAAAACAAGUUCUGGAAAGCAAGGUGGAGGUGAGUCUUUUGUUGGCGAAGGUUUUAAAUAUUGGAAAGAUAAAAAAAAGGCUUCAUACUCAUGUUGGACUUCAUGAUAGUUCACAUAAUCAAGCUCGCAUUAAGUGUGAAGUGUUGAUGAAUCAAGAGCAGCACAUUCAAUCAGUUUUCUACAAACAGUCAGAACAAGCAAGAAAUGCAUAUGUUACACGCCUUAAUGCAUCCAUUGAUUGUGUUCGAGUUCUUUUGCGACAAGGGCACUCAUUUCGAGGUCAUGAUGAAUCUGAGGAUUCUUCCAAUCCAGGUAACUUCUUAGUGCAAUUGCAAUUUUUGGCUGCUCAUAAUGAAGUUAUCAAUGCCGUCACAUUGGGAAAUGCUCCUCAUAAUUGCAAAUUGACAUCACCUAAUGUUAAAAAGGAUAUAGUAAAUGCUUAUGCUAUUGAAACGAUCAAUGUUAUUAUAAAAAAUGUUGGCGACUCACUAUUUUCUAUUCUAGUUGAUGAAUCUUAUAAUGUGUCAAUGAAGGAGCAAAUGUCUAUUGUUUUACGUUAUGUAGACAAUAGUGGGCAUGUCAAUGAACGCUUUAUAGGGAUUGAACAUGUUACAAGUACCACGACUCUAUCACUUAAGGUUGCAAUUGAUAAGGUAUUUUCUAGAUAUAACUUGAGUAUGUCUAGAUUGAGAGGACAAGGUCAUGAUGGAGCAAGUAAUAUGCAAGGUAAGUUUAAUGGUCUGAAAACACUCAUUUUGAAGGAGAGUCCAUGUGCCUUUUACAUUCACUGUUUUGCUCAUCAACUCCAACUUGCGCUUGUAGCUGUGACAAAGAAGAACAUCCCUAUUACUAACUUCUUUUGUGUGGUUGGGAACGUGAUAAAUACUGUUGGAGCAUCUUCUAAACGUUGUGAUCUUCUUCGAGAAAAACAAUUAGACUUUAUUGUUGAGGCAUUGGAAAAAGGUGAGAUUUUAAGUGGACGGGGACUUAAUCGAGAAACGACCCUUCAGCGCUCUGGUGAUACACGAUGGAGUUCACAUUAUAAUUCUUUGGUCAGCUUGCUUGCUAUGUUCUCUUCUGUUUUAGAUGCACUUGCAAUGAUUGUUGAAGAUGAAUCUUGUUCUUGUGAUCAAAGAUCUGAUGCAACAAAUUUAUUGGAGUUGAUACAAAGAUUUGAUUUUGCAUCUAAUCUAUAG